AUGUCGAACCUUGGCAACAGCGACACCAAGCCCCCAUGUCUACCCCGGAAUGGACUUGUUAAACUCCCCACCCAGGCCAAUGGACUCGGCUCCGCGAGCAUCACCAAAGGGACCCCAGCGAUGAAAAACCGCUUGUGCCAGUCUUCCGUGCCUGCAAUCAUCAGCCCAGCCUUAAUGAAUCACAGUGACUUGUCCAUGCCUGGUCUCACUUCACCAUUGUCUUUGGCGGCUCUGGCCGGAGGACCUUCAGGCGCCACCGUGGGACUUCCCUCCGAUGAGAUUUCUCCAGCCAAUGGGGACAUGCCAUCCCUGGAAGACCUCUCUGGCUCCCCCACCAAAAGACACCUGGCGGUGGAUGAAAAGAUCCUGAACCGUUUGUUUAUGUACUUUUCAGCCUGCGAGAAAUGUGUCCUGGCCCAGGUGUGCAAAGCGUGGAGGAGGGUCUUGUAUCAACCCAAAUUUUGGGUGGGCCUCACGCCGGUGCUGGACACCAAAGAGCUCUACAACGUCCUGCCCAACGGAGAUAAGGAAUUUGUCAACCUUCAAGGUUUCGCCAUCCGGGGGUUUGAUGGUUUCUGCCUCGUGGGGGUUUCCGACUUGGACAUCUGUGAGUUCAUUGAUAAUUAUGCCCUCUCCAAGAAAGGGGUGAAAUCUAUGAGCCUUAAGAGAUCAACCAUCACGGAUGCAGGUCUUGAGGUCAUGCUGGAACAGAUGCAGGGGCUUAUGCACCUGGAGCUGUCUGGAUGCAACGAUUUCACCGAGGCCGGUCUCUGGUCAAGUCUGAAUGCCCGCAUCUGCUCCCUGAGUGUCAGCGACUGCAUUAAUGUGGCUGACGAUGCCAUUGCGGCCAUUUCACAGCUGCUGCCCAACUUGACUGAGCUCAACCUUCAAGCCUAUCACGUGACGGAUACGGCCCUGGCUUACUUCACUGCCAAGCAAGGUUACACCACCCACACUCUCCGCCUGAACUCCUGCUGGGAAAUCACGAACCACGGUGUGGUGAACAUGGUGCACAGCCUCCCCAAUCUGAGCGUGCUCAGCCUCUCCGGCUGCUCGAAGGUGACGGACGAUGGCGUGGAGUUGGUAGCAGAGAACCUCCGCAAGCUUCGGAGCUUGGACCUGUCGUGGUGCCCUCGGAUCACAGACAUGGCUCUUGAGUACAUCGCUUGUGACCUCCACAAGUUGGAAGAGCUGGUGCUGGAUAGGUGCGUACGGAUAACAGACACUGGGCUCAGUUACUUGUCCACCAUGUCCUCGCUUAGGAACUUAUAUCUCCGCUGGUGCUGCCAGCUACUUUUCUCAUUUAUCCGUUCUUUCUUUAUUCAUGGCUCUCUCUCUGAUUUCACUUUGCCAGGGUGCCCUCUGCUGACCACCACGGGACUUUCAGGCCUGGCUCAACUCCACGACUUGGAAGAACUGGAGCUGACCAAUUGUCCAGGCGCGACUCCAGAGCUCUUUAAAUACUUUUCCCAACACCUGCCUAGCUGCAUGGUGAUUGAGUAA